UGGGGCGCGGCAACUUCCGGUGCGGAAGCCGGGCGUUCAUUGGUGGGAAGCGGCCCGGAGGGGCGGGGCCUCCUGCUCGGUCCCUAUUUCCGGUGGGGGCGGGGCCGCGUGGGGACCAACCGGAACCAGCCCGAGGAGCCGAGUCCUGCCCCCCGUGGCCGCCAUGAGCCUGCAGUGGACGGCCGUGGCCACGUUCCUCUACGCCGAGGUCUUCGCCGUCCUGCUGCUCUGCAUCCCCUUCAUCUCCGCGCCCAGAUGGCAGAAAAUCUUCCGGUCCCGCCUGGUGCGGCUGGUGGUGACCUACGGGAACACGUUCUUCGUGGUGCUCAUCGUCAUCCUCGUCCUGCUGCUGCUUGGUGAGCGGGGCUGGGCAGGGGGUGCUCUCCCCCGGCAGGGCACUGGGGGCGCUCCCCUCGCUGCCCUGGCUCCCCACAGCCUCCUGCGCCGGCUGGUGACGCUGAUCUCCCAGCAGGCCACGCUCCUGGCCUCCAACGCCGCGUUCAAGAAGCAGGCGGAGGGCGCCAGUGACGCAGCCAGGAGAUACAUGGAGGACAACGACCAGCUGAAGAAGGAGCUGGAGGAGGCCGGCGUGGAUGUCGGGGAGCGUCUGGCCGAGGGGCCGGGGGCCGCGGAGCAGAACGAGGUGCUGAAGGCGGAGCUCAAGGAGCUGAAGGAGGAGUUGGCCACUAGCAAGAGGGCGGUGGAGAAGGCGGAGAGUGAGGCGCUGGCCAUGAGGAAGCAGGCCCAGGGGCUGACCCAGGAGUACGACCGGCUGCUGGAGGAACACGGCAAACUGCAGAUGCUGCAGGAGGGCCCAAAGGACAAGAAGGAGGAGUGACGGCUCUUCCCCUCCACCCCGUCUGCCUCUGUUGCUUUCAGUGGGUGGGGCCUCUCUUGGACCACGCCCCCUGCUCUGCAGUGGGUGGAGCCUACAGUAUUCAGUGGGGGGGGGGCUCCCCUCCCCAAUGGGGCUCUCACCUUCCCCCUGUGCUCCCAGGAGGUGGGGGUGGGGCUGCUGCGCUCACCCUCAUCACUAGGCUGGGCCCAUUCCAAGCAGGGGGUUGGAGCCCUUGUGCCUCAGUUUCCCCUCUGUGUGACCUGCUCUUUCUGCCUUUCCUGGGCUGGGGGACCCCUGGAUUUCCCAUUGAAUCCCAGGGAUUGUGGGGAGUCGCCAUUCCCCCCCAGCUGUUCCUUUUGCUUGUAAGCCCUGUGUUGCCGGGGGGCCCAGCUGCUGUGACCCCCCCCCCCCCCAGCCCCCGCGCCAGGGCCGGUUCUGUGACUGGCGCUGGGUCUGUAGCAGUGUGAGCUUCGGCUUCAAUAAAGGGUCCGACACCAG